UUGUCUAUUAACUUGUUCAAAAACUAUCUGGAGUUGUCAAGGCUCGGGCGGACAGAGGCGAAAAAGUGCAGUUUGUUGAUGCUUUUCCGAGGAAGAGGAAGAAGUUUUGUGGACACAACAGCAGGGACCCAUUGGGGAGAAGGCUUCUCUGUCACGCACACUCUCACACACACACUCUGACACGCAGGAGAGGGAGAGAAGGGAGCGUGUGUGGAGACGCGGCUUGAUGCGUGUUUUUGUGCAGAGAAAAGUUGCAGAGCCCCGACAGGUAACUUCCAGCCGCUCCUCGUCUGUCCGCCUCUUUCUGGAGUUUGCUUCUGGUUUUCUUGGGAUCGGAAGCGCCAACUGAAAGCUGUUCGUGAUGUAUAACAUGAUGGAGACUGAACUGAAGCCCCAAGCUCCCCAGACCAACACGGGGGGCACGGGCAAUACGAACAACUCCGGCAACGGCGCCAACCAGAAAAACAGUCCGGAGCGGGUCAAGAGACCCAUGAACGCGUUCAUGGUGUGGUCCCGGGGCCAGAGGAGGAAGAUGGCGCAAGAAAACCCCAAAAUGCACAACUCAGAGAUCAGCAAGAGGCUGGGGGCUGAGUGGAAACUUCUGUCGGAGAGUGAGAAGAGACCUUUCAUCGAUGAAGCCAAGAGGCUGAGGGCCCUGCACAUGAAGGAGCAUCCGGAUUACAAAUACCGGCCCCGGCGGAAAACCAAGACCCUCAUGAAGAAGGACAAGUACACCCUGCCCGGCGGGCUGCUGGCUCCUGGGGGCAACGGGAUGGGGACUGGUGUCGGUGUCGGUGUGGGGGCCGGACUGGGCGGUGGGGUGAACCAGAGGAUGGACAGCUACGCGGCGCACAUGAACGGCUGGACCAACGGGGGCUACGGGAUGAUGCAGGAGCAGCUGAGCUACCAGCACCCGGGUCUGAACGCGCACAACCCGAGCCAGAUGCAGUCCAUGCACCGCUACGACAUGAGCGCGCUGCAGUAUAACUCCAUGACCAGCUCCCAGACCUACAUGAACGGCUCCCCGACCUACUCCAUGUCCUACUCCCAGCAGAGCACGCCGGGGAUGACCGCCCUGGGCUCCAUGGGGCCCUCCUCGGUGGUGAAGUCGGAGUCCAGCAGCUCCAGCCCGCCCGUCGUGACCUCCUCGUCCCACCGGGCCGCCCCCGGCUGCCAAAGCGGGGAUCUGAGGGACAUGAUCAGCAUGUACCUGCCCGGGGCCGAGGUGAGCGACCAGAGCGGCCAGACCAGGCUACACAUGUCCGGGCACUACCAGAGCACCGUGCCCGGGACGACGAUCAACGGCACGCUGCCCUUAACGCACAUGUAGAGACUCCGCGCGGCACGAGGGGAGAAAAGAAACUUUUAUAAGAGAAACUGGACUUCUUAACGUUGGACUAUUUUUGUACAGAAAAAAAAAUUGGGGUGGGAAAAGUUGUAUAGAAGUCUCCAGGAAAAAAAAAAAAAAGGACACCGCUCUUUUUUUUUUUUUUUAAUUUUAUUUUAAUUUCUUUCGUUUAUUCUAAGGAAGCUCGAGGAACGAGGGGAGAGCCUCCUCCUCUGGGGGGAAGAAGUUUGGAAAUUUAGAAAGUGGGAGUCGCAAUCAGAUGUUUUAUUAUUGCAAUCACCUUUUGUACAGUAUUUAUCAAGGAAACCUAACAAUCAGAUGAAAUUGUUAAACUGCAAGAGGUUUUUCUUUUCGUUUUUAUAUAAAGUGACACCAGUCCUGCAGAAAAAAAUAAAGAUACAUGAGCAGAAUUUUUAUGCUCUUAUUACUGCAAACAUUGGAAUAAAAAGGGACAUAAGAAGCAGGUAAUACUUGUUUUCAUUUUUUUUUAUUUUAUUGCAUUAAAAUUACUAAACAUUUUUAAUUUUAUUUCCUAAAAUAAAAGCAAGACACUUUUUAUUUUGUCAUAAAAUUUAGGUUGUUAAUUUAUAUUUCCGUCUCCCACUCUUCAUCUGAUAGAGAUAUGACGCUUGUGCUUUUUAUUUUGAAUUGAUUUGUACAAUUUCUGUAUAUUUACUGUGGCAUUUUAAGUUUUUAUUUCAAAACUCAUUCCUGUAGUUGUAUUUUAAAAACCGUGGCCUGUACGCAGAAGCCAACCACUCCAUGUAAAUACUCCGAGACUAAUACCAUCCUUAUAACAGUUACAGUUUCAGCUGAGUAUAUUUUUUUUCAAUAUGCAGUU